AUGCGGCCACCGCUUGGUUCUCCAGGUGGACCAGUGACUGCUCCCAAGUCAUCCAUGGGCUUCGUUAUGCCCAUCUACACCAUUUGCAUCAUUGUCUUCUUCGUGUAUACGCUCAGUAAGAUUAUAUUCAAACGCACCGCGAUUCCAUACGAACCAGUCACACCGGACCCUCAGUUCAGAAGACGAGUGUUCCGCGAUGAUUCUAGAACUUCGCCUGAUAAACUAGGACACAAGGAAACUGAUACGAGAGAUAUCGAGAUAGCGGCACUGCGCGCGCGUUUAGAGGAGACAGAACGCGCAAUGCAACGCAUCAUGGGUCAGCUUGCACAGCGCGAUGCGGAAUCCCAGGAUAGCCAAACACGCCCAUACACAAAUGGAACAAUUCUAUUAAAUACAGGUCCAGUUCAAAUUGUGACCAGCGAAUAUCAAGAGCCAAAGAAACAAACAGAUUCGGCGCAGUACAAGCAAAAUUUAUCAGAAUGUAAGGAAUCAUCCCCUGAGUCGCACCCCGUUCAUAAUACACAAGAACACACAUCCAAUAAAAACCUUACAACCAUACAAGAAGAAACUGUUAAAAUAAAAGAAAAUGUUAAUCAGAAAGAACAGUCCGAAACAGACACAGAACAUAAUCCUACCGUAACUCAACCCUCAGAGGAAAUCAUUAAUGAAUUCGAAACUUCUACAGAACGAAAAGAAUUAUCGCCUGAAUCUAAUGAAUCUGCAAUUCAAAAAGAAAAUGAAUAUUCAAAAGAAAAUAAAAAUAACUCAUCGGAACUAAAAGAGACAAUCCCUAUCCAACAAGACCUAUCCUUAUAUCAAACAGAAACUCACCCUGAACCUGAGACGUCCGUCGACCAAUCUUCAGAGCUUAAAAAUACUUUCGAAGAUCUUAAAGAGUCGUCCCCAGAACAUAACGAUAUUUCAACUAAAUUAGAGGAAUCUCUUAAGGAACAAAAAGAUUCAUCUGUAGAAUCUGAACAAGGUCCCCCAGAAACACUGGAUGGUAUCGAUGAGUCGUUGAAGUUGGAGGACUCAUCUAUAAAGUCUUUAGACACCUAUCUUGACCAAACAGAAUCAUAUCCCAAAUCUUCCAACAUUGUAGAAAGUGAAUCAUUACCAAAACAAUUAUCUUUUGAAGAUAAAGAGUCUUCCAAUGCAAAACCGCUCUAUCCAAAGCAGCCAAACGAGUUAAUGGAUGAAAAAGAACAUACGGAAGAAAAUGAAUUCUUUAUAAAAGAUUCAUCCUUAGAAAAAGAAUUAAAAGAACUCUACGAAUCUUCCUCAGAGGAAGAUGCCAUUCCUGAACUUCUAAACCAGGAAGAAAGGGAGGUCUCUAUAUCACCAGAACCCGAAGCAUGUAUCACACCUGAUCAUGAAUCCCUGACCAAAAUUGACUCCAUUGAUCCUAAAUUUACACAAUCAUCCAAAGAGUCAUCUGACGAAGAGUUAAUCAUCUUAGAUACUAAAGAACUCACCCCAGAGUCAAUUAAAUCUCUUUCAGAUGCCAUUCCGAUAGCUAUUGAAGAAAAACUGUCUAAAGAAAAUGACAUGGUGGUGAACGAAAGUGGUAAAAAUGAUAUAGUUCUAGAGUAUUUAAAGGAGUCCAAUACAGUAAAAUCAACGGAAGAUUUUCUCAAAGAGGAAAGGGAGAUUGCUACUAAAGAUGGACCAUCUACGCCAGAACUUUUAGCUGAAGCGCUAAAGGAAGAUUCACCAAAGAAUGGGAUGGAAGAUAACGAAGGUUCGGCUGUCAAAGUAUUAGGUAUGGAGGUAACAGCUCAUGCGGUAGAUGGCAGCACAUGGGCGGGGGAAAGACCCAUCGCACCCCCGAAACCUCCGCAAGAACACCAAGCUGAAGAAGUAAAAUCCAUAUUCUUGGAGACGGAGAUCCCGCAGCAGUCCCGAGUGCUCAUAACUGACUUUGAGGAUCGUGCGCACACACAGAAACCCACGAAGAACGCACCGUUGGUGGUAAGUGGUAAGAUGACUUUAUCACUGAUACAAGACGCACCGCGAGACACACCUGAGCGAGAUCCCGAAUCGACAUUGGAUGAAUUCACAACAGCAAGCGCCAUGACACAACCCCUGGCAGAGAAAGAAGAACUUUCAGAUGAGGAGCUGGAAGAAGAGUUAGAGGUAGAAGAGAUUGAAGAGGAAUUGAGUGAUGAAGAAGUGAAUGAAAAGACAAAGGAAAAGUGA